AUAUUGCCCCCCACGCCGGACACGGCGGCAGCCUGUGAUAUGCCGAGGAAGGAGCUGGGGCUGGGGAUGGCCGGCUGCAGUUCUGGCAGCUGUGACAGCAUGGUCAGCACGGCUUCCAACCACUCGCAGUGCAGUGAUAACAGUUAUGACUACUUAUCUGCAGAAGAGAAAGAGUUUUUGAUGUUCUUAGAAGAAACCAUUGGUUCACUGGAUGCAGAGAUGUUCUUAGAAGAAACCAUUGGCUCACUGGAUGCAGAAGCAGACAGCGGGGUCUCUACCGAUGGGACCGACUACGUGGAGCCCUCCAAGCUGCCUGGGACAUGGCCUAAGAGAGACUCCAUUCCCCAGGAUUUGGAAAAUGGGGCUCCCCCUCUGAGUGCGGGUCAGCAGCACGCAGCUGAACAGAAGGGUGGCAAGAGCAUCUCCGCCUUCUCAAGCUCAGCUCCAGCAGCGGCGCCAAGCCCAGGCUAUUACAGUCUUCCAAGGACCAUCACUGUAGCAAACCCACAAAGAGCAAACGGAGCUUCUGACGGCAAAGCGACUGUCUGCACGGUGGAGGACCCAGUGCCAGUAGGUAAAUCGUCAUGGGAGGUGGUCAAGGAAGACAGGCUUGACCAAGCCAAUGCGAGAAGCCAGAUAAAGCCGUUGGGGUCUUUGAUUAUCCAACCUCCAGAUCCCUUCCAGGAUGACCUGGUGAGCAAUGAAUGGUCACGUAGCAAUCGCUCAGAUGCCAAGAGGGAAACAGCCAACGAGACCAAGACUUGGACUUCAUGGAGCCAGCCAGAGAAAUCCGCAUUGGAAGAGGCCCCUCACGACCCAGAUGCCAAGCGCGGGCCUCCAACUGCCCCUAAACCACGAAAAUUGCCACCAAAUAUUAUCCUCAAAACCAGCAAAAACAGCCCAGCGCCGCUCACCACAGAGCCUGGCCAGAAGGUAAAAGUGCUACCUUCAUCCUUGGCUGGCUCUCAGCCCAGCUCUGCCAAUGAUGCCACUGCUGAAAAAGUAAAUUCAGGGCACCUUGACCCCAAGGAGAGGGAGAAAGCCCGGCGGGAGGCAUUGGAGAAGCUUGGACUGUUGCAGGACAGGAGGGAGCCCAGCACCCACCUUCAACCCACCAUGCAUCCCCAUCCAAGGGAGAUGGCAAUCCCUGUCCCUGGGGAGCCCAAGGCAUGCUGUGGGGCAGCAGAGAGGUCUGUGCCGGCUAUCCGGCAGAUGAACUUCAAAUCCAACACCCUGGAGCGCUCCGGCGUGGGGCUGAGCAGCUACAUGAGCAGCACCAAGGAGCAGAGCGUCAAGACCAGCAGCUCCCUGGGGAAGAUGUCCUUCAUCGAGCGGCUCGCCCCGAGCUUCCUCAGGGGCAGCCGUCCCCGGCCAGGGAAGGACUUUGCUGGUCUGAAGGAACCCGUGCCGGUGGAGCAGGAGAAGAGCAGCAAGCGGCAAUCCUACUCGCUGCAGAACUUCCCCAGGUCGCCCCGCUCCUGCGUCAGUGUGAAGAUUUCCCCCAAGGGCACGACCGAUGAGAACCGGCGAGAGGCACUGAAGAAGCUCGGCCUGCUGAAGGAAUAGCUCUGCAGGCAGCGGGGCUGCUGGAAAAGGGGCUUCUCAUCCUGGAUCCAGGUGCCUUCACCAUCUGUCCUCAGGCAGCACAACCAUAAGCAUCUUCUGCUGUGACCUCCUGCUCCAGCAUCUUGGGAGGGGUACCACGAGAGGUAUUCAGAGCUUCUCGCCAAAUAAAGUAACGCCAUGUGUACAUAAUGUUUUGUACAUAGCAAGUGUAUAUGAGCUAUUUAUGUGAAGCAUCGCUCAGCAUGUGGAUGGGGCAUAUUCUUCUACAAGGUCUUUAAUGCAUUUGUGGAUUCAUUGCAGUAAGGAAGCCGUGGAAUUGGGGGCUUGGCUUAUUUUAAAAGGGGUUGCCCACAGACAAAGCCACUCCGGGAAGAACUGCAGGACUCUGCUGCUCCUUCAGGAUUUUAGGGGGUUUGGUUAACUUUAUCCAAAGCCCGCGAGGCCUGAGCACUCACCCGCCCAUGCAAGCGCCUCCCAAACCUGCCACAUACAACACUGCCAGGCUGAUGGGGGCUGGAGGGGACCCAGCAACGCUCCCCCCACAGACGAGUGCUCCUCGUACAGCACCCGCAGGCGGGAGCCUGGGUGGCUGCACAGACGUCCCACUGCCUCCUCCGCCAGCCUGCCCUCGCAUCCAGCCCCGACACCCUGGAUACAGCACUUAAAAGGCAUCCACGCGUCGGUGUUUGUCACGGAGUGAC